AUGGGCGCCGAACAGAGCGUUCCCGCCGGGGAGGCGGUGGCGGCGGCCGAGGGCCCGCCGCCGCGGGAGGAGGCUGUGCGCCCCUCUGCUCUCGUGAUCGUGGGUCCCAGUGGCGUGGGCAAGGGCACCCUGAUCAACCGGCUCAUGGAAGCGGACAGGAGGUUUGGCUUCUCCUGCAGCCAUACUACUCGGCCCCCGCGCGAGGGUGAACUGAAUGGCGUCCACUAUCACUUCACCACGCAUGAGGCCAUGGAGGCCGACAUUGUAGCCGGCAAGUUUCUGGAGCAUGCACACGUGCACAAGAACAUCUAUGGCACCUCCAUCCAGGCGGUGCACGACGUGGCGACUGCGGGCCGCUGCUGCGUGCUGGACAUUGAUGUGCAAGGCGCGCGUCAGGUGCGCAAGGCAGGCCUCAAAGCCAUUUUUGUGUUCAUCGCGCCACCCAGUCUGGCGGAGCUGGAGCAGCGGCUGCGUGGCCGUGCCACUGACAGUGAGGAGCAGAUCACGACCCGGCUGCGCAACGCGCAGGAGGAGCUGGAGAGCGCAAAGGAGCCGGGGCUGUACGAUUACAUUAUUAUCAACAGUGAUCUGGAUGAGGCUUACCACCAGCUAGCAUCUGUGGCCCGGAGUGCGUUGGCAGGCGAGGUCGGCGGCCCGGAGGGGAGUGCCGGCACUGGCACGGCACCAGCGGCUGCAGCGGCUGGGGCUGCCGCCGUGACAGCGGGUGCGGCUGCCGCGGCAGCACCGGGUGCAGAGCCUGGGUCAGGCGGCAGUGGUGGCACCAGUGGUAGCAGAGGCACCACCCAGGGUCGAAGCAGCCCUGGUGCUGUCGCGCUCAACUCAGCAGCCACCUUUAAGGGCUGGCUGCAGCCCACUGCUGAUGGGCAGUUGCAGAUUGGUUCACCACCGGCUGACCAGGUGCGUUGA